CGAAAGGGUCAUGCAGCUAUCGAUAACCGACUAGUUAAGUGCAAACAGGACAUACCGCUGAGUCAGCCCGCUGACUGGCAGGUGGCGGGGCAAAAAAAAAUACCGAAUUCGAUCUCGCAGCAACUCCUCAAUCUCCGACUCUUCAACUCUUCAGCCCGUGGUGGAUUUUACGGUUUGUGUCCGGGUAUCAAGAUGUCGAUGGAUUUGGAUGACUCGGUUCCCAUGUUGGGGCUGCAGGACCAGCCUCCGGUCGCUGCGACCAUUCUUUGCUGCAACUGCGGUGCCCCCAUCGAUGGAACCACUUCCGCGGGUGCUAUGUGCCAGGACUGUCUGAAGCUCAAUGUUGACGUUACUCAGGGCAUCCAGCGCGAGUCGACCCUUCUCUGCUGCAAAGACUGCGAGCGGUGGCUGCAGCCCCCCAACCAGUGGGUAGUGGCAACCCUCGAGUCCAAGGAACUACUCGCCCUCUGUCUGCGCCGUCUUCGUGGCUUGUCCAAAGUCCGCAUCAUCGACGCCAACUUCAUCUGGACCGAACCCCACUCGAAGCGCAUUAAGGUCAACAUCACAAUCCAGCAGGAGGCCUUCCAAGGCACGAUUAUCCAACAAUCAUUCGAGGUGGAGUAUGUUGUGGCUGGUCAGCAGUGUCCUGAUUGUCAGAAGAGUUUCACCCCGAAUACGUGGCGAGCUGCAGUCCAGGUCCGACAAAAGGUGCCCCACAAGCGCACUUUCCUUCAUCUAGAGCAGUUGAUUUUGAAGAAUGGCGCCCACAAGGAUACGGUCAAUAUCAAAGAAGCCAAAGAUGGUAUCGAUUUCUACUUCGCGCAGCGAAACCACGCCGAAAAGAUGGUCGACUUCCUCGCCUCUGUGGUUCCGUGCAAGAUGCAGAAGUCCCAGGAGUUGAUUUCCAUGGACGUCCACACCAGCACCAAAUCCUACAAACACACUUUCUCCAUCGAGUUGAUCCCUAUUUGCAAGGAUGACCUCGUCGCGUUGCCACUCAAGCUGGCCCGCCAGCUCGGAAACAUCUCACCCCUUACUCUUUGCCACCGCGUUGGAAACACCGUCAAUUUCCUCGAUCCGGCUACCCUUCAGACCGCUGACGUUCAAACCGGCGUCUACUGGCGGUCGCCGUUCAAGAACCUUGCGGAUGUCACUCAGUUGAAGGAAUUCAUCAUCCUGGAUAUCGAGCUUACGGGCCAGACUAAUGGUCGGUACCAUCUUGCCGAGGCCACCGUCGCUCGCGCCGCAGACCUUGGCUCCAACGAUACUACCUACUUCACGCGGACCCACCUGGGCGGCAUUCUGCACCCCGGCGAUUCCGUUCUCGGUUACCACCUCAGCGGAACCAUUUUCAACGAUGAUAAUUUCGACGCCAUCGAACAGAGCCACCAGUACGGCUCGACCAUCCCCGACGUCGUCCUCGUCAAGAAGUUCUACGCCCGCAAGAAGAAGCCGAAGAGCCGUACCUGGCGCCUCAAGCGCAUGGCCCGCGAGUACGAAGAGGAGGCCCUCGCCGGUGCUGGUCAACCCAGUCGCAAGAAGGAGCAAGAAGCCAACCGUCUGGAGGAGGACUUUGAGAUGUUCUUACGCGACGUCGAAGAAGAUGAGGAGCUCCGACAGACUCUGGAUCUGUACAAGGUCCGGAAGCAGCGCCCAGCGGCGGAUGCUAUGGAUGAGGACGAGGACAAUGAGAGUGAGGAUGAGGUGCCACAGAUUAACAUGGACGAGCUGCUUGAUGACUUUGACGAGCUGAACAUGGAUGACGAAUGAGCUUUUUGCGAGUAAUAUCCCUGAUGAUCAUGGCUGGUGUUUAUAUUCUUACUUUUUUUGAGGGCUCCUGUUGAUACCUGUUGAUGAAAAAGUGUUCUUCCCGUUUUGUUCAUAGCAUUCAUGACUGCAAAAAGGCCGUCAGCUUGGCAAUAGAUUUUAUCUUUUACUCGAG